AUUAGAGGAAAGGAACGAAAGAAAAAAAGAAACAUGAGUAAACAUUUACUUUUCUCCUUGUUUUUUCGUUAAGCUGCCGUAAAAUUAGCCAAUUGGCUAGUGCAUUCGAAAAAGAACAAAACGCACCUUGCAAAGCAAGAGGCGCUACCGGCCACCUCGCUCGAAACAAGAAAACAAAUGUUACGAAAUAGCAAAAUGUUGUAAAAACAGUGCGAAAACGCGUUUUUAGCGCAGCGGCGAACGACAAAACACGAACUGUGCUGACUGUGGACAGGAGGAGGUUCAUCAGCCAAAACGUGUGCUGCCCAUCCUUCUCCCCCCCCCCCCCCCCGGCUGCAUCUUCCCUUUCCGCAUGUAUUUUGCGACAAUCUUUAAAGUGUGCAAAAUGCUUUAUCAAUUGUUUUGGUUCCUGGCAACGUGCUGCACCUUCGUGGUGAAUACGCUCUGGCUGUGCUGCAACUUUGCCUCGGUUGGUAUUCCCUGGUUGAUGCUGCUGCUCUUCCUCGUCUGCAUUGGGUCGAAGUUUGUGAAGCUCAACUCACCCGCCGACGAUGUCGUGCUGUCCAUGCUGUCGAAGAGCGAAAAGGGCAAGGAGGCCAGCGAGGCACUGUACUGGCCGGUCGUCCAUCGGGGCGGGGCUUUUGACGCGCCGGAAAACUCGCUGGCCGCCAUUAACCAGUGUCUGGCGCAACGGUGUCAAAAGAUUCUGCUCGAUCUCAGCAUUACCAGCGAUGGCAAGCCGAUCAUCCUCCACAAAUCGACACUCGAAAAGGCCAACGUGACCGAACCGAUUCACAAGCUGCCGUACAGUUUCUUCGAAAGCUUCAACAUCACCGAACACCAUCCGCUAGGCCAACUGUUCCAGAAGGAGAAGGUACUGACGUUCGAAAGACUGUUGAAGCUGCUAGAAUCCUCGGAGGUGACCGUGCUGCUGCGAGCGUCCCAAACGAACUCCGCACUGUUGGAGAUUGUUCGCGAGACGGCCGCCAAGUGUCCCAUCUUUAUGAAACGGAUCAUUUUAUGCUGUGCAUCACCGACAGUAAUCUAUCAGCUUCGUCAACAAUGUCCGGAUCUGGUGUGCGGUUUGUGGAUGGAAAAGUCUUGCUUUACGAUACUGCCACGCUAUCUGAAUACCUCGACCAUCCUGCUAUCCAUUGUAGGUGCCAUCUAUCGUAACAUCAUAGCACCGGUGAUCGGUGUUAGUCUAGUCUUUAUUCAUAAGGAUGAAUUUAACGCACAAAUCUCAACGCUGUGGAAGAACGUCGGCGUUCGGCCUAUUGUUUACCCAAUAAACUCGCCGAACGAGAAGCGCUACUUUCAGCAGGUGACCAAAACGCUCUAUCUCACGGAUUCGCUCCGCUCCGAGCCGCAGCUAAUAUUCAAAUCCAAACGAAAGUAAUAGUCAGCGGCGUGCGAUCGCUUGCAAAAUCGCCCCGAAAUCGAAUCGAAUCGACGAAGCCUUUAAUUUAAGCGAAAACUCUAUAUGUAUGUGUGUGUGUAUGUGUGCGUAUAUUUUGUGUUACGCUAUUUAGUUUUCCCUUGCGGCGGUUUUUAGCUUUACGUUGCACGCGCAACAAGCAUGUGAAGCAUGUUACUAUUUUACGUUUAUAACACAUUUGCAAAGCGAAUCACACAACCGGAAGCGCGCGUAGCUGGCCGGCCUUAUUUAUUUACGUUAGUCUCAGGUGUCUCUAAUCACACACACAA